UUGACUUGUCAGUGUACAUUGUACUGCACAAAGAAAGAAUCUUCAGCUGUCCAGUACAACAGAAAAAUAAUUUGAUCAAAAGGAUAGAAAUUAAAACAAACACAUACCAAGAUUACACAGAAAAUAAUUUGAUCAAAAGGAUAGAAAUUAAAACAAACAUAUAUCAAGAUCAAGAACAGAAGGCUUCUUACAAAUGGAGGUCAAUGUGAAAACUUCAGAGCAGAUAAACAUCUGUGGAAAACACAAAGAAGAAUGUGAUAUGUUUUGUGAUGAUGACAAACACGUGCUCUGUUCUGGGUGUUCUGAAUCGCAGGAGGGACACAGCAUUCUCUGUCUAAGUGAAGCUACAGCAACCUACAAGCAGAAGAUUGAACAGUCUCUGGGUCAUCUGAAAAAGCAGUUGGAGAAGACGUUAAAGCCACUCAACGAUGAGACAAGAAAAUUGGAAGAAAUAAAAACCAUUGUGGAUUCUCAGAAACAGAAGAUUGUUGAAGAGUUUGAACAGCUGCAUCAAUUUUUGAAAAAAGAACAAGCAGCUCUUCUCACUAAACUUCACAUUGAAGAAGAAACAAUCCUAGAAGCAGUGAAUAAAAAUAUAAGAGCCCUAUCACUGCAGAGCUGUACUCUUCAGAAUCUGAUAGAGGGCAUCCAAAAAGAAUUAUGGCUACAACAUGCAGCUUUUCUGAAGAAUGCUGAAUCAACUCUGCAAAGAUGUGAUUGUGAAGCCAACUAUAACAUACCAGAAGCGUCACCUGAAUUUGAGAGCAGCAGAUUCCAUUUUCCCCUGCAGUACUUUGUAUGGAAAAGAAUGAACAGCAUAAUUAUACCAGCUGUGACUCCUCUUACACUAGACCCAGAGACAGCAAAUCCACGCCUCAUACUUUCUGAAGACAUGAAGACUUUACAGUUCAGUGUGAGAGAGCAAGACGUCUCCCAGAGUCCAAACAGGUUUAGAAAACUGUCAGCGGUCCUAAGUAAUGAAGGUUUCACCUCAGGGAGACACUACUGGGAAGUAGAGGUAGGAGACGCACGUGGAUGGACUUUAGGAGCAGUCAGAGAAUCUGUGGACAGAACGGGAAUAACUUUGAUGAUACCAGAAGAUGGAUACUGGGUUCUUGGACGAUGGUGGGCUGGUGACUACUGGGUUGGUGGCUGUGACAUCCACUUAGCAGUAGAGCCCAGGAGGAUUGGAAUACAGCUGGAUUAUGAAAAAAGGUGGUUGUCAUUCUACAAUGCUGACACCAUGUCUCAUUUAUACACUUUUAAAAUGACAUGCACAGAGAAAAUAUUUCCCUACUUCAGUAAUUCAGAUAAGGAUUCAGAGAUUGUUAUUGUGUCAACUGUGGCUCUCCCACAAGGUCAGUCAACUGACAGCACUUAAUGAAUUAAGCCAAAGACCCAUUAUUUUAAACAGACUGAGUGCCGAAUCAGCAAGACCAUUUCUAGCCCACUCAUAAUGCAUGGCAUUUUCUAGCCCAUAAUAUGCCUGCUGAAUAAAACUUGUAUUGUUUUCUAACAGUUGCACCAGGCUAUGUAAUUCAUCUGUGUAAUAUUUAUGGUUAUAUAGUGGAAGUGGAGGCGUGUUAAUAGGCACGUGAGUGAUGUUGCAGUUACCUCUGCUGUUCUCUGGUGCAGCUGCUUAUAUGUUAAUUCUGGUGCAUAAAUAUUGUUAUACAUGUGCAUAUUCCUAAUGCAUCACAAUCUAUACAACUACCUAUGGAUGAAGCGUUACUUCUCCUUUCUCAGGAUUUAUUCAACAUUGACCCACUUUAUAUAGUAAUGUAUAUAUUGUACAUUAAACUCUACUUGAU